AUGAAGAAGAUGAAGAAGAUCUUGGGGCUGGGGAGGAAAAGGAAGGAGCAGCCGUCCCCGGCCCGGCUCGGGCCCUCCGCCUCCUUUGGCAGUGCCUGUGCGGCGAGCGGCGGCUAUAAGGUGCGGAGCAAGGACCUGGGCAAGCUGCACCGGGCGGCGGCCGAAGGAGACGUGGGCGAACUCCGGCAGCUCCUGCAGAAGCACGACCUCAACGAGCAGGAUAAAUGCGACAGAACUGCUUUGCACCUAGCCUGUGCCAACGGAUAUACGGAUAUUGUUACUUUCUUGGUAGACAGCAAAUGCCAAGUAAAUAUCUGUGAUAAUGACAAGAGAUCUCCACUGAUGAAGGCUGUGCAAUGCCAGCAGGAAUUCUGUGCAAUUUACUUGCUUGAGCAUGGAGCAGACCCUACUCUUGAGGACACAGACAAUAACACUGCCCUCCACUUCGCUGCCUGUAAUUCUAGCAUUUCUAUAGCAAAACAUCUGCUUGAACAUAAAGCUCAUAUUGAAGCACAGAAUACGGAUGGGAGUACACCGUUAAUUGUUGCUGUUGCUGAAAAUAAUCGAGAAAUGGUAGAGUUUCUUCUUAAAAAAGGAGCAUCUGUACAUGCCACAGAUAAGUCAGGAAGAACUCCACUGUUGGUUGCAGCCUGUAAUAAAAGACGUGAUAUAACAAAUGUUCUCCUCCUACAUGGAUCAGAUGUUCUCCAUAAAGAUGAAAGUGGAUGGUCAGCCAAGGAUUAUGCUAUGAUUAGUGAUGAUCCUAUCCUUAUUCAAUAUAUUGCUGAAUAUUCCAAAAUGAAAAAUAGAGAAGAGGAUUCGACUGAUGAUCAAAAAGUCCUGUCUGUAUUGAGCAGUCCAGAAAAAGCUGGAAUUACUGGUAUUAUGUUUGGUGCACCUGCCACAAAUAAAGAAGAUAGAGAAAUGCAGCAGUCGCUCAACCAGACAGCAGGAGAUUCAGGGAAAGUUAUUGAUGACCAUUCUUCUGGAGAUUCAGUAAAAGAUUCUGGAAAAACAGAUGAUGACAGCUGGCUUUCUUCGGAAGAGGAAGAAUUAGACUUCAGUCCUAAGAAACCACAAAAACCAAGUUUGGCUCAGCUAAUGAAUGUUUCUCAGCAAUUGAAGAAAAACAACAAUGACAGUGAAAAUAAUAAAUCAUCGAAAGAAAAAGUUAAACCAGGACUUCAAAGAAACGUUAAUUCAAAUAAGCAGGAAUUGAAUGAUCCAAAAGAUUCUUCUGCAAGCAAUGAGGAGGAGGAAUUUGAUGAAGAGGAAGAUGAGGAGGAGGAGGUGGAAGAAGAGGAAGAAGAAGAAGAGGAGGAGGAGGCGGAAGAAGAAGAAGAUGAAGAAGAAGAGGGAGAGGAGGAAAUGGAAGAUGAUUUCAGUGAAGAAAAGGAGGAUGAAAACAUAGAAGUAGAAAGUCAGGACAAGAUAGAAAAUGAGGAAGAGGAAUAUUUUAAAAAAUCAGAAGGGACAGAAGCUUUUGCCAAUAAUGAAUGUGAGGGGAAAGGAAAUAAUAGUAAUAAUAAAAUAUAUGAUGCACAUAAUGAAGAAAUGCAAGAAUCUGGUGAUAUUCCUGUGUCUUUUAUUGCUGGGCAUUAUGAAUGUGCAGAUGAAAAUACAGCUAAUAGCAGGUUAAAUAAUGAACUACCCAAUAAUUCAUUUGAAAAGGAAAAUAGUUAUAAAUAUGAAGAUCAGUUUCAGAAUCCAGAUGAAUUCCAGGGCAGUGAGACAAAUAACGAAAUUGUAUAUGAGAACCAAAAAGGAUUUCACAAAAAUGUUAUUUCUUCAUUGGAGACUUCUGAAGCAACAACAUUAGCAGGAGCUGCAUUUUCAUCUCUCCUAAGUAGCAACCAUAACAAGGGUAUGAAUUCAAAUCUGGGUGAUUCCAUUGAAAAGGAUGAUGAUGCUGGGUCAGAGUCAGAACUUGAAAAACGCAACACUAAAGAACAGAAUUCUAAGAAUCCUGAAGUUGUGGAUUAUCAAAAUAUUAAAGAGAAACAACGCCUGGAGUCAAAAGAACCAGAAGAAGCAAUAUAUGAAACACAAGUUUACCAAAAUGAGAAUAGUGAGGAAGAAAAUGUGAAAACUUUUCAACCUGAUAUCAAAGAGGAGGAGGAGGAGGAAGAAGAGGAAGAGGAAGAUGAGGAAGAAGAUGGCGAAAAGGAAAAUCAAAACAUUUCAAUUGCUGUGGACAAACGUUUGAUUUGCAAUGGGAACUCUCAUAAUCAGAAUCCCUCACAAGGCGGCAUUGUUGGAAAGGCUGCAUCAACAUUAGGAAUGGAUGAACAAGAGGAGCAGAAGGGUACAGAAUCUCCUUGGGAUUCAGAGUGUACUUCAGAAAGCCCCAGAAAGCCAACUAUUGGUUCCUUGCCUACAUCUCCUGCCAAAAUUAGAACACAAAUGCACAGUAUUACAGAAGAACCAUGUGGUGGGAAAUCAGAUGAUUUACAGCCAAGGAUUGCUAAAACAAAUUGGGAAAAUAAUGCUACUCCUAAUCCUAUAAAGGGGACAGAAGCCAGAGAAAAGCAAAAAUCAGAUUUAAUGGAAGAACUUGGUUUAGAUGACGCAGACGAUAUUGAAGAUGCAUCUGACUGGGAUUCUACUAGCAUUUCACUUAAGAGUGUUCCCUGUACUAAAUCCUUCAACAGUUUGAUGCUGGGAAAACAUGCAUCUCCAUUACAAUUAGCAAAAGGUGAUGCUGCAAUCAAAACUCCUGUUCCUGUGACAGCAGAAGAAUUGGCUGAUGUUCAGACAGUAAUUGCUUCAAAAGAUGAGCAGUGUAAUGAACUAAAAAGUAUCAAAGAAUUUGAAAGUGAUGAGAACAAGGAUAAAAGUGUAAUAGACACCCCCAACUCUAUAGAAAAAACACCUGAAAAGCAGAUUGACAAGACAGAGAUUUCGUAUACUCAAGAUGAAAGGAAAACUGGAGCACUAAUUCACAAUGAGGAAUCAAACAGUGAAUGCAGACAUUUUGUUUCAACUCUCUGGGAAGAAAGAUAUGAAAAAAUGUGGGUUGCAAAUGAAAAAAGGGAAGUUAAAACAAAUUUUAAGAGCAUUACAGCAGAGUUAAAACAAAUGUUCGGUGAAAUUAAUGUAAGUAGGAAAAUAAGUAAUACUUCUACAGAAGGAAGAUCACGAGAUGGCUUCGGUGAUGUAUUAGACGGCAUAGAAGAAUCACCAUCACCUCAUCUGUCUAAAGCUAUGGUUGAUAUACAAGGAAAGGGUGAUACUGCAGAGUUAAAAUCUGUCAUUGCAGAAAAGGAAUUCAACACUGAAAACUCAAUUCUUUAUCCUCACAUUUCUAUUUCUCAGAAUCUUUUUAAAAUGUGUGAAAAUGGGAAACAAAACACUGAACAAAACUUGAACACAAAUGAUGAGGUGUUAUCUAAUAACGCAGAACAUACAAAAGUAAAUAUAAGUGGAGGAAAGUGUGACAAUAUAUUUGUACAACUGGAAACAAAUGUGGGUGAAAAUACAACAUGUCCUGAUUAUUCACCAAUGCAUAGUUGUAAAGACAUUGUUUCAGAUACAAAUUUUACAACUACAUAUAUCAAGCAACCAGUUAUGACUGUCAAUACAAACACAUGUUGUGAUAUAGUCAAAGGUGCAAGUCAAGAAACUCCACACCAUUUUAAUAAUGGUGUCAGCAGUUGUAAAUAUUUUGAUACUGAGAUUGGAAAUAAAGUGAAAAAUUCUGAACAAAGCUGCCAUCAAACCUGCCAGCAGACAUCAAAAAAAGAACUGGAUGACGAAUUAGAACGUGAUGUUGCAAGAUUUAAGAACGAGGUAGGAAUGCUACAGAUAGUGUUCCUGGCUUUGGAGAAAGAAAAAGCCCAACUACAAAAAGAGGUUGAAGAAGAAAAAAGAAAGCAGGAAUUGGAAGCUGAAGGAAAAGAAGCUGUGAAUAUUGAAAAUAAGGUGGCUGUGGUUAUUGAACAGAAAAUGGAGCAAAAGCCUACAUUAAAUGAAAACCAACAUAUUAAAAUAGAAGGUGAAAUUGAAGAAGAAAGCAAAGUAAUUAACAGAAUUUCCUCACCGGAUAGAACGGGAUUAAUUCCAGUAACUUUUAAGGGGAAAAGUCCUACUGCCAGUAUGAAGGAUGUAAAGAAAAGUGAAAUUAAAAGACGGAUUUCAAAGCAAAGAGUGAGUCAGCAGAUUGCUGAAAAUCUACAUCAACUAGAGGAUGAUAGCAGUUUGAGUGAAGCCUCUCCAGAAGAAGAGAGACAUCCACCCAAAACUGUGAAUGGAAAGAAUAAGAUCUACAGAGCAAUGGGUGUUGCUAAUGAUUUUGAUGACUUAACUCAGUCUUCAGAUACAGCUACAGAGGAUAUUGAGUUGCCUACUUUAGUCUACAGAGAAGCUAUGAUAUUAAUAGAACAACUUAGCUUGGAUAGUAAAGAUUCUGUAAGUCUCCUGAAAAUUCAAAAUAUAUUUCAUGGAUAUGAACGUUUAAUUGAACAUGAAAAGGGACGUUAUACUCAGCUCCUAGGAAAAGUAAAAAAACUUGAGAAUGAGAAAAAAGAGCAACAGAGAAUACUUGAAGAAAUGAGAGAAAUGAAAUCUAUGUUGGAUCAUCAAAAAGUAGACCGAGAAAGUGAUAUCAGUAGUCUCAAAUUUUCUUUGAAACAAGAGGAAGAAAAGAGGAUGAGUGCUGAAAUGCUGUAUGAGAAAAAUCAAGAGCAGUUAAGGAAGAAAGAGGAACAGUAUUGUAAACAGAUGGAAGAAAAGCAACAGGUUGAGUUAAUACUGAGAGGUCUGGAAAUAGAGUUGAGAACACUGAAAAACCACCUGAAGCAGGUUGAAGAAGAACGCAAUGAAACACAGCGACAACUUGCUCAAGAACAGAAUGCCAGAGUUCUACAAGAGAGUAUUUUGAAUACCCACCUGUGGAAGCAAAAGGAGUUGGAAGAAGAAUCAAAAAAGACAGCAGCUAAACACUCAGAGAUGACUGAUAGUCAUGACCAAGAAAAGGAACUUCUCCACAAAAAUCAAAAACUCCAAGAUGAACUUGCUGUAUUAAAAUUAGAGCUUGACCACAUAAGGAUUCGGCAUCAGGAAGAAGAAAGCAAAUAUUUAGAAGAAAAUGAAACUUUGAAAGAAAAAACAGAAGAACUUAAAAAAGAACUGAAACUAAAUGAAGAGGCUUUGACUCAAACAGUUUUCCAAUACAAUGGACAAAUAAAUGUAUCAAAAACAGAAGUUGCAAUGCUAACAUCCAAAUUAGAGCAUAUUAAAGAAAAUAAAGAAAGAUUGGAGGUGGAACUAGACUCAUUUCGUUCUCGUCUGAGUUCUGCUGUUCAGGAACUUGAAAGGAGCCAGUUAUCAAAAAGUGAUCUUGAACGAAUGCUGCAACGAGAGCGUGAUGAAUGGCUUCGCUUAAAAGACAAACUGGAUCAUGAACUAUGUACUCUACGAGAAACCAACAAUAGCAUGUCUCAACAUUUAAGUAAAGCUGAAAGUAAAGCUAAUAGCCUAGAAAAUGAACUUCACCACGUAACACACAGUCUCAGAGAAAAGAGCUUGCAAUUGGAGAGUAGUCAAAGGGAUUUAAGUCAGGCACAGGGGCAAAGGAAGGAACUUGAAAAUGCACGACAAGUUGAAAAGGAUCAAAUGAACAAAUACGCUGUAAAACAGGAAUCUAUGCAAGAACGAUUGGCACAACUUCAAAGUGAAAAUCUUUUACUCCGGCAGCAAUUUGAAGAUUUUCAAAACAAGGGUAUUAUCAAAGAAAAAGUAGUGACUGAUGUCCAAGAUAGAUUUAAUGAUAUAUUUAGCAAACUCAGAGCCGAUACUGAAAAGCAAGUGCAGAUGAUGGAAGAGAGAAAUAAAGAAUUAAUUGCAAAAUGUAAUAAUUUAAGGGAGCAAGUCUUUAAAUAUGAAACAGAAAAAGUAGAUAGAGAGGGUACAUUAAGGCAACUGCAGCAAGAACUUGCAGAUUCUCUCAAAAAGCAAUCCAUGUCAGAAGCUUCAUUAGAGGUUUCAACGCGUUAUCGUAUUGACCUAGAAGAGGAUAAACAGCAACUUCAAAAAGAAAUAGACAGGAUAAAAUCCAAGCUGCAAGAGUCAGAAGAACAAUAUCUUCAAUCUGAAAGACGUACUCAUGACUUAAGAAAUUCUUUGGAUGCUAAGGAACGUGAAGCAAGUCUGGCAUCUCAGAAAUUACAAGAUCUUCUAGUAGCAUCAUCAGGAGCAAAUAAUGCUAUAAAACAAUUAGAAGAGCAUAUACAAAGAGUUGAAAUAGAAAAUGCCAGAUUGGAAGCAACGACCAACCAACAGACAAGUAGAAUUGAGAUACUUCAGAAAGACCUGCAGGAUAGUGCCUCUGUUCACAAUCGUCUUGAGGAAUUGAUAACUGGCUUGCAAACCACAAAAAUCAACUUAGAGGAGCAACUAAAUCACCAGGUCCAGAAGCAAACUAUGCUCUCAGUAACUGCACAGGAUACUCACACUUUGUGGGAAGAAGAGCUGAAGUCAAGAUCAAAACUUGGUGUUCGCCUUUCUGAACUUGAUAGGGAAAAGGCAGAGCUACUGACUCAGCUUGAGAAUGAAAGGAAAAAAGUGAAGAAGUUAGUUGAGUUAAAGCGAUCAGUGGAAAUACGACUAGAUCAAGAAAUGAAGAGAAACUGUGAAUUACAAAAAGAAUGUAAUGGAAUUAAAAAGCUUAUGAAAACAACUAAAAAGAAACUGAAAGAAUAUGAGAGUGGAGAGAGUUCGUCUCAAGUAAGCUUUCAUGGAGAAAUCAAGAAUAGAUACUCAGAAAUUGACAUGGAAGUUGGAAAGCUAAGAACAAAGGUUGAUGAACUUUCCCACCAUUUGGAAGUUGAAUCAGCAAGAUGUACUCAGUUGGAAUCUACAAAUCGCGAUCUACAUGAACAAUUAUCUUCUAUGAAGAUACUACAUAAAAAUCAUGAAAAACUGGAGAAAAGCAAAUUGCACCUGGAAGAAGAGGUAGCAAACCUCAAACAACAUGUACAGGGUAGUGUGAUAGACCUCAAGCAUGUGGAACAAUACAAGAGAGACAUUGAAGAGCGAGCUAGACAAGAAAUAAGACAAAAACUGGAAGAAGUCAAUUUGUUUUUACAGACACAGGCGGCUUCACAAGAAACCUUGGAACAGAUAAGAGCUACUAGUAAUGCUUCCCUGAGAAAUCAGUUGGAGAACAGAAUUAGAGAUCUGGAAUCUGAGUUGGCCAAACUGAAAAGUAGUCAACAAGACAACAUCUUACAAAAAGAGUCUACGCAUACAGAAUUGGAAAGAUAUAAGGGACUGUAUUCAGAAGAAAUAAAAAUGAGAAAGUCUUUGGGAAGCAAAUUGGAUCGAGCUAAUGAGAAAUUAGCAGAAGCCAACGCCAGGCUCUUCCACGAGCGCCACAAGAGCAAGACUUUACUUGCCAACAGCUUUAUAAGUGGAAGCCUUUCUUCAGGUCCCGUCUUGGAAACAGUUCAGCUUGGAAAUAUUGGCAGCAAUUUAGCAUUAAAUAGACCCCUUAGCCUUGGAGGAGGAUUCAUGACCCCAACUGGAAACCCGUUAGCUUCAAAAAACAGAGUGGAGGCUUACCUGGCAAAGAUGCAGCUGGAACUAGAAAAAAAUAUCACCAAGGAACUAGACCAAGCUAAAGCUGAACUUGAUGCAGGAUCUGUUAGAGUCUCCCCUAUAGGAUCAGUUGAUGGAUCUUCAAAAAACCUAAAUGUGGAGCAAGACCAAAUAUCCAAGGCUACACAGCAGUAUCUUGAUGUUUUAAAGAAAAACUAUAUGAUUUGAAUAAACUCUGAUGAAAGCUUGUAGAUGUGACUGUUACACAACUCUAUAAUGGACUGAAUAUAUCAAAUGUGAAAACUUUUUAUACUUUGAAUUCUAUUAUAAACAUAUCAGGCACAUUGCACUUGUAUCUGGAGAAAUACUGCAUAGCCAUAUAGUCUCUUACAUUUGUUACGAAAGCCAUAUUUUUUUCUUUAGCAAAUUCACACUAGGCUAUAUGUUUUUCAGAACUGCCCAUGUUAUCUGCUACAGAUGACUCAAGUCUUGUCUUGUUAUAUGUAGGUUUAAAACCAAAGCAUUUCGUUUAGCAUACAUUUGCUGCUUGUACUUUUAAAUGGAUUUGUAUACUGUCAGGUAGCAGUUAAAAUGCUUUUCAGAUACUUUUGCUUUAUACCCUCUUCUGUACUCCAUGCACAUGCAACAUUUUUACAGGUUAGGAGUGUGACAUUGAGCGGUCAACAUCGGUGACUUUACUGCAGUAUUUAGAUAUGCUAUACCGGCAAUAGUGCCAAGAGACGUUAUUUGUAUUUUUGAAUGGUACAUAAAAUGCACUGAAGUUCAAAUUGAAUAAAACUGGGUUUUUUGGAGCUGUUGGUACAAUUAAUAUUGACUCAUCUGCUACCUCCAAUUUUCUUAAUAUUUUCCAAAGGUAAUGCUAUAGGUCUGAUUCAGUGAUACAGCCAGUAGUUAAUUGAUAACUUGCAUACCCAUUCUAGAUUAUUUUGAACAACCCACAAAGUUGACAAUAGCUAAAUGUAAGAAAAAUCCCAAUUGAUUAGCUUGCAUAUUAGUCAAGAUAUACUUCACAGGCUGUCUUCAACAGUAUCCAUCCUCCAGAAUGGAUUCCACCUUCUAUCUGUAGCCCCCUGCUACGCCUAAAAUCUUUAAGGGGUUGAGGGACUCCCUGGAACAGAUGGAAGGGGUUGCAGGGGCAAGGAGGGGAAGGGAAACCUUCCCUCUCACAACACUGGAUAAUGGUCCCAUAAUUU